CUUCACUUAACAAAGUAUGUCACCCACUUUAGUUAAUACAGCAAAUUUCAUCAGCUCGACUGAAAAAAUAAUUAACAAAAAGUUGUUGGAAUCAGAAAAACGAGAACUGAAGCUUGAAAUUUUAAAAGACGUGAGUGAAAUCAUUAACGGUAAGAAUGAAGUUCUUAUUGAUCACCUAUUGAAGGAAAUUCAAUUUCUGAGGGAGCAGUUGAGUUCUAAGGACGAAAUCCUGCGAUUGUUCUUAAAAAAUACUGAUGAAAAUUAUAUCACAAAAAAUGCAGAGACGCCUUCACAGAAUAAUAUUACUAUGGCAACGGAGUCGAAAACUUUUAAAAAUGUUAAACUGACAACUUAUGAUAAUACAAAAGAAACGAUUAACCAACCUUUAAGUGUCGAUAUCUCCACACAAAAGAAAGAUAACGACCGGCCAACUCUCGUGAAUUCAAAUGAUCAAUUAGGUGAUGCUAACAUCACAACUCGAAAGAAAAAUCAAAAAAAUGUUAACGACGUCAAAAAAAGUACACACGACGAACACAGAAACCUUGAUCUGAAUAUAACAUCAAACGAAAGGAAACAGAUUAUUGUGGUAGGUGAUUCAAUCGUAAAACAUAUUCGACCAUACGGAAUAUCAAAGACAGACUCUGUUAGAAUUCGUUGUCAGCCUGGUGCUACAACUGAAGAUAUUGUCGAUCAUGUUAAGCCAUACUCACGAAAACUUCCGGAUGCAAUUAUUAUUCACUCUGGAACCAAUGAUAUUACGAACGGGAUUGGCACAGUAAAAAAGCUGAAGAAUGUUAUCCACACAAUUCGCGAAAUUGAUAAAGAUAAGAAAAUAGAAAUUCUUAUUUCUGGAAUCGUAAAUAGAUAUGAUGGCAACUAUAAUAAACAAAUUAGUGACACAAAUCAAAGAAUUGAAAGUCUAUGUCAAUCGAAAAACUUAAUAUUUAUUGAUAACAGCAAUAUGAAACAAGACUGUCUCAACCAAGGAUGAUGGUAUGCAAAGCAAAGAAGUCAAAUUAACUAAAUUAAUUGCCUUCUUCAUUGACUUUAAUUAGCGACUUUUCCCGAGAAGCUAG